AGUCGAAUGUCUCUUUCACGUCCAAAACAAAUACAGAGAGGUGGGAGUUGUCAUUUCAGUCUUUGAAGCAAAAUGCCAUUAAAUCUCGGAGAUGAAAUGCCCAAUUUUGAGGCUGAUACCACCAUCGGCAAAAUAAAAUUUCACGACUGGCUUGGAGACUCUUGGGGAGUGCUCUUCUCUCAUCCAGCUGACUAUACACCUGUAUGUACAACUGAGCUUGGAAGAGUGGAACAGUUAUCAUCUGAGUUUGCCAAGCGUGGCAUGAAGCUAAUUGCACUGUCAUGUGACAGUGUUGAAGACCACAAGGGUUGGAUUGAAGACAUCAAAGCAUACAAUGGCCUCCAGACUUUUUCUUAUCCAAUUAUUGCAGAUCCAAAUCGUGAUCUGGCCAUGAAGCUUGGGAUGAUGGAUGCUGAUGAGAAAGACAAAAAGGGACUCCCAUUAACAUGCAGAGCUGUAUUCAUUGUUGGCCCUGAUAAGAAAGUGAAACUUUCAAUUUUGUAUCCAGCAACGACAGGAAGAAACUUUUCUGAGGUUUUGCGAGUUAUUGAUUCCCUUCAUUUGACUGCUCAAAAGAAAGUUGCUACCCCAGUUGAUUGGCAGAAUGGAGGAAGCUGUAUGGUUGUUCCUUCAAUCUCAAAGGAUGAUGCAGCUAAGCUCUUUCCAAAACAUGAAGUGAAAUCUGUCCCAUCUGGAAAGGAGUACAUCCGUGUUACCCCACAGCCUUGAAAGACUACGAAGGACUUGCAUGAACAAACUUUCCUGAUUAUUUGUAGCUGAUUAUUUUUUCCUUAACUGAAGACCACAUUUGUAGUUGCUGAAUUUUAUUAUGAACACUGUUCUUCAUGAUUAA